CUCUAAAAAAAUGCAACAAUGGCUUGGGCGCAACGCAAAGGAAGAAAUGUAUAAAAAAAUGGAUUGCACUGAAGCUAAUAGAAACAGAGACGGUGCCGAGGACCGGAAAAAGAGCUUCUGUUUCUUCUUCUUCUUUAGUGAUUCAAAAUGGAUAUACUUAUAAACUCGAAGCGUAGUUCAUCUGAUUCAGACUCUAACUCUAAUGAUGAUGCCAACCUUUGGCUGCUUCUCCCCGAAGAAUUGAUGUUUUAUAUUUUUACUUUGGUUCCUCCUCACUAUCUAUUUAACUCUGCAAGGUAUGUUUGCAAACCUUGGGAUGCUGCUAUUUCCAGCUCCCGUUUUGCUGAACUGUGUGAACGCUUCCAUGUACGUUCUAAACCUGGUCUUUACGUUCAAAAUCGCAAGUCAAGAAGAAGAUCUUAUUUCUUGGAAUUUAAAGAUGGUGUGAAUGACCAAUUUGAAAGGGUUGAUUUGGCAACACCUCCAAAAAUGGGACAUGUAAUCGCUACUUGUGAUGGCAUAUUGCUUCUUUGGAGUACAGCUAGACAACUUUUUGUUGCGAACCCCGUCCUCAAGUGUUGGCUUAGAAUUCCUUCUUUUCCUGUUUCUCGACUAUCUGUUUCUCGACAAUUUGACUAUCAUGUCAGCUGUCACUGUACUAUAGCAUGUGUUCCCCGUACUGCCAAAUUCAAGGUGUUCUAUGUAGAUGUUCUUAAGGUUUCAGGCAUUUUUUGGUAUGUUUUCUAUGUGCUAAGAGUUGGAAUAGAUAACUCAUGGAAAGAGAUAGCUAGAAAAGAAGCUCCCCUUAUUUCCUAUUUACUAUCGAAACCAGUAUGUAACGGAGGCAAGGCUCUUUACUGGAUAACAAACAGGGAAGUGAUUGUGAUGGAUGUUGACAAGGAAAUCAUUGUACGAGAAUAUCCACUUAUUGGAACCAUGUGGACUUCGAAAUAUUUAUGGAUGGGAGAUUUCCUUUCUUGCAUUGUGUCUGGAGAUUCUUGUCUACCAUAUGAGAUCUACAUUUUGGAUCCCGAUUCGGGAAUAUGGAAUAUUUAUCAUGAGAUGGGACCUUUUGAUUAUAUGGCUGCUUGUGGUCAUAGUCUUAAUAAUACAAUUGUGUCUUUUCGUUUGUGGAUCAAUGAUCAAAUUAUCUUUCGAGUAAGUUUGGAUCUAUAUAAUUCACGCAAAAACAUUCAUUUUGGCUACAAUGUGAAGACCAAACAAUUGACAAAGAUCGAGGACAUUGCAGUGGGAGAAUUUGUAGCAUGGCUUCACACUAGCAGUCUAGUUUCUCUGCCAACUACUCCUGCAUAGCUAAGUUUCUUGGCUUAGCAUAUCUAGUGGUAUUGUUUAUAUUUAUCUUAGCUGAAAAACAAGUAUUUAUGUGUCGAUUUUGAUUUGGAAACACUUGAUGAGUUUGCUUAGACUGAAUUUUGUUGUUGAUGUUCACAAUAAUAAUAAUAAUAUUAAUCUUUAGAUUUGCUUAUUAUGGUGAAUGCUGACUUACUCGGACUUGAGGUGAAUCUUGCGUUUCGUAAUUAAGAUCUGAUGAGACUACUAUGUCACUGUUCAUGUAAUUGUUAAAAGAGUAUUAAUGGAGAGGCUUAGUAAAAUUUUACAAUUGUUUAGGCCAUUGACUGCUAACAGAGACUACUAUGUCACUGAACUUCUGAUGGCAUAAUAUUUUAGGUCAUUGCUAUACAAUUUUCCCUCCUUACGGAUGAUCUUGCUGAACUAUUGAAACUAUAAGUGUUACUAGUUUUGAAAUUGAUUAUAAGCUCAUUUUUUAGGCUAUUGAUCGUGUUUGAUAAAUUAUUGCCUUGCUAUAUAGAGCAAUAUCAUUGGCCAUUUGC